AGGGAUCCGAGGUCCGAGCAGUUUCUAUCCCUCUCCAGGCCUCUUUCCCGAAACCUGUGCUUUCCUGCCUGCUUUCUUUUUCCUUUCUGGCUCAGCUUGGGACAGAGGCUCAUUCCAGAGGAGCCUCAGGUCUUGCAUUUUAAUAGCAGUGAUGGAAAAACAUGAGAAUGUUUCCUGGAUGUACCAACAGGAACUGAAAGAUCCCUUCAAGAAAUACCUGAACAACACGGAUGACUACCUAGCUUUGCUCUGCGGGCCUCGUCGCAGCCACCUCUUCCUACCGGUGACUGCGGUGUAUGCUCUGAUUUUUGUGGUGGGGGUCGUUGGCAAUCUCCUGGUGUGCUUGGUGAUUCUUCGGCACCAGACGAUGAAGACCCCCACCAAUUACUACCUCUUCAGCUUGGCUGUCUCCGACCUCCUAGUCUUGCUUCUCGGGAUGCCCCUGGAAGUCUAUGAGAUGUGGCGCAACUACCCCUUCCUGUUUGGGCCGGUGGGCUGCUACUUCAAGACGGCCCUCUUCGAGACCGUGUGCUUCGCCUCCAUCCUCAGCGUCACCACCGUCAGCGUGGAGCGCUACGUAGCCGUCCUCCACCCGUUCCGCGCCAAACUGAAGAGCACCCGGGGCAGGGCCCUCCGCAUCCUUGGCAUCGUCUGGGGCCUCUCUGUUCUCUUUUCUCUGCCCAACACCAGCAUCCAUGGCAUCAAGCUCCACUACUUUCCCAAUGGGUCCAUCAUCCCCGGCUCUGCCACCUGUACAGUCAUCAAGCCCAUGUGGAUCUAUAAUUUCAUUAUCCAGGUCACCUCCCUCCUCUUCUACAUCCUCCCCAUGACAGUCAUCAGUGUCCUCUACUACCUCAUGGGGCUCAAGCUGAAGAAAAACCAACACCUUGAGGCAGAUAAAGUGACUGCAGAUAUUCAAAGACCAUCCAGAAAAUCAGUCACUAAAAUGCUGUUUGUCUUGGUCUUAGUGUUUGCUAUCUGCUGGGCCCCAUUCCACAUUGAUCGGCUCUUCUUCAGCUUUGUGGAGGACUGGACCGAACCCCUGGCUGCUGUGUUCAAUCUCAUCCAUGUGGUGUCAGGUGUCUUCUUCUACCUGAGCUCAGCGGUCAACCCCAUUAUCUACAACCUGCUCUCCCACCGCUUCCAAGCAGCAUUCCGGACUGUGAUCCCCCCUUCCUGCCAACAGCAGCACUCCCACAACCACUCGCCGGGGCCGUCUAUGCAGCGGAACAUCUUCCUGACAGAGUGCCACCUUGUGGAGCUGACUGAGGACGUAGCUCCCCAGUUCCCUCGUCAGCUGUUGGUCCUCAGCUCACAGCUCCCCACAGCCCUCUGUACCGGUCAGGCGCCAAGAAAGGAGCUUGCAAAGAGCUGACAUCCGCGUGGUUCUGUACU